GAAUGAAGGUAGUACUAUGCGUCGCUUAUUGUGUCUCUCACGCACUCGUGUUUCCUUCAUGAGGUGGAAGUUCGACGAAGUGGCACAUCUUCGGGACCAGGUUAAGGCCUUGGACAACCGCAUUGCAUUCAUUGAGGAGAGUCAGACCAUCAAAUCACUUCUUGCUUUCUACAGCUCCCGCCCACUGAGUAAUAUAAACACACCAAGCAAGUUCAUCAGCUAUUGUGCUGAGUCUGAUCACAAUGCCAAGGUUUUUUGUCAUGCAGAACUACCAACGCUACUAGCAAGACUCAUCACAACAAUAGACUCGUUCCCGUGCGGUCUUAACGCGAUGCUGCCCAUCGUGUCGGUGAGGAACACUUUUCUCGAUUCCUUUAAAAAGCUUAUAAAGUGUGAUUUCCCCGAAGAUGGUGCGAAGAGUGAGCAGUUUCUGGAUGUUGUCAAGGAAAUCGAGGAGGCUCAUAUGAAGAGGGAAGUGUUGCUUACAAUAGGCACCGGUCUUUUGCAGUUGAAGGAUCUUCUUUCGUGUCAUAAGCGCUUUAUUCUACGAAACAAGUGGUCUGGUUCAUACAAAGAAAUGGAGGCAUCAUCCAAUGACUGGCUGUUGGAUCUCACAGGGCCACUGGAUGACUUCUGUUUCCGUAUGGUGAACUACAAUUUCCUCUCACGAAUGCUGUUGAACUCAGAAGUUGUGAAGAAUAACAUGGUUGAUCUGGUUGAUCUGCAAAUAGAUCUCGAGAAGGUUGUUCGCAAUGCUGUAGAGGAUGCUCAAUCUAUCUGCACCAAUUUUUACGGCUCCUGCCCGGGGGUGAAGUUUAUUAUUUUGAAGGAUGAAAAACCAAUGAAGUUGGCGUACCUGAGUUCAACUAUAUCGUACGUUGUUAUCGAGUUAAUGAAGAAUGCGUUCAGGGCAACUGUCGAAUCGCAUUCAGACCUUACAUCACCCACCAUUGAUUGUGAUGACGCACCUCAGGUGGAAGUUUUAGUGAAUAUAAAAGAGGGCUCCAGUCACGCCUGUAUACGUAUUUCAGAUGAGGGUCUCGGGAUGACGGUAGCACAGGCGAAAAUGGCGAUGAGCUAUGCUCACACGUCAGCAAAAAAGUGCCUCAUUGGCUCCCACCUUGGACAAGAGGACGGUGGCGAGAACGUAGCGCCCCUGGCUGGUUACGGUUUCGGUCUUCCCAUGUCGAGAGUUUAUGCCCGGCACUUUGGUGGAGAUCUUGUACUGAACACGAUGGAGGGGUACGGGACCAGUGUCUAUUAUUUUAUCCAAAUUUGA